AUAGAAGUUAUUCAACAAAUCCAGGUUUCCAAAACUUGAAAAACAGAGGGAAGAAACGACAAAGGGGUUCAGUUAACCUCGCUACUCUUGUAAGCAGAAUUUUUCUUACGUGCAUCGACCUUCAUUGUCACUUUACUCUAAUUUUCAGCGGAAAUUUCACAUAACCGACAACCCCAAAUGGCAGCCACUGCCACUGAAGCUACCAGAUCUUCUACUGCCUCUGCUGAUUCCUACAUCGGUAGCUUGAUCAGCUUGACUUCUAAGUCCGAGAUUCGUUACGAGGGUGUUCUUUUCAACAUCAAUACUGAGGAAUCUAGCAUCGGUCUGAGAAACGUGAGAUCAUUUGGAACAGAAGGACGAAGGAAGGAUGGUCCCCAAGUUCCGCCAAGCGAUAAAAUUUAUGAGUACAUACUCUUCCGAGGAAGUGACAUCAAGGAUUUGCAGGUCAAAUCUUCCCCACCUGUUCAGACUACAGCAUCUAUACACAAUGAUCCAGCUAUUAUACAGUCUCACUAUACUCAAGCAGCAAUUACUUCUACAAGCUUGCCUUCUGGUAGUGGAUCUGUACCUGAUCUGACUUCCCAAUCAUCACAGCUAGGACUUAGCAGGCCAACAUUUCAAGGAAACCCUUCCUUAUAUCAGCCAGGUGGGAGUUUAGGGGCAUGGGGUUCAUCACCUCUGUCAACAACAAAUGGUAGUGGACUUGCCAUGCCAAUGUAUUGGCAAGGAUUCUAUGGGUCCUCAAAUGGGCUUCAGGACCAGCAGCAACCAUUGCUUCAACCACCUCCGGGAUUGUCAAUGCUGCCUUCAAUGCAGCAAUCUAUGCAAUACCCAGCCAUGAAUCCAUCACUCCCUAUGGGAGCUUCCAACCUAUCAGCUUCUCAGUUGUCAGAACAACGCCCUCCUUUGCUACCACCUUUCGGCACAGGCACCUUGAAUUUACACUCUCCAAUGCUUCCUGCACAGGCUCCUGUUACAGUUUCUGACUCAUCAAUGAAUCUGAUUCCUGAUAAGGCUUCUACUAAAACUCUUCCUCCUGCAGCUCCAAGUAAAAGCGUGCCUUUGGUACCUCUAUUAACUGCUGGCUUAGAUAAUGCUGCAAUUGCACUACCACCAAUUUCUGAACCCAAAACAGUCCCCGGUCCCAUUAUGCCAUUUCAAAGCAUGUCUGAAUCUGCUUCUUCCAUUGUAGGGACAUCAAGUUCUAUCUUGAAUGAUGGGAAAAUGCCUUCUUUGGUAACCCCUGACCAGCUUUUGCAGCGUGGACUGCCCACAGUAUCUUCAUCCCAGUCUUCACAAACAGCUCAGAAGGAUGUUGAGGUUGUGCAUCUAUCAUCAACAGAAACACCGCCACUGGCAGUAGCAUCAGUAGCAGAAUCUCAGGAACCAAUAUUACCUCUACCUUCACCACCUGAGCAUAAGACACAUGGACCUCCUAUGUAUCAUCAACAUAAUUAUAGGGGAGGACGUGGAAGCGGAAGAGGAAAUGAGAUUUCACGCUCUGCAACCAGAUUCACUGAGGAUUUUGAUUUUACAGCAAUGAAUGAAAAAUUUAACAAGGAUGAAGUAUGGGGCCAUCUCGGAAAAAGUAACAAAGCUCAAGAAGAUGAGGAUGAUUUACCAGAUGAAGACAAUGUGGGAUCUUCAAUAUAUGAGAACAAGCCUGUUUAUGUUAAGGAUGACUUUUUUGAUUCCUUAUCAUGUGAUGCUCUUGAUGGUGGAUCUCGUAAUGGAAGACCCAGGUUCUCCGAACAAGUUAAAAGAGAUACUGAGACAUUUGGCAAUUUCCAUAGAUAUCAUGGUGGGCGAGGUGGUCGUGGACCUUAUCGAGGUGGUGGACGAUCACGUGGUUCUUAUCAUGGAAGGGGCUAUGGCUAUGCUUCUCGAGGUCGGGGGUAUGGCAUGUCUGACCGCGUCUCCUAGUUAGUUAGCACUCAGGCGUUUCCAGUCCAAUAAUAAUAGGGUUUAAUUUGAGAUGUGAAGUUUGCCCCCCAAGAUCUGAGAUACCUGUGGUGAUGGGGCUCCUUUGUAUGUUUGUAUUUCCUGUCGUGGUUUCCCAGUUUUGGCAUUCAGCUCAAAAUAAACAAAAAAACCCCCAGGGCAGAGGGAUGUAUGAACAUGUCAUCCAUCUUUUGGAUGAUUUGAAUAAGUAUGCUUGUGGAUUAUUUAAGACCAUUUUGGAUUUUGUUCAA